CACACUUACAAACACACACACACACACACACACGGGGCCCGAGCAGCAGUAAAUCAACGCCAAUCAUCGUCUAGCUGUUGGACGAAGCACACGUGAGCGGAGGCCAUCGAUCAGUGCUGUGAGUGAGUCUUGUGAGUGUGGGUGUUUGGGCAGGUGGUGGUGUGGUGCUGCCCUCGACCUCGCCCAGGUGCCCGCCGCCCGUCCUUCUUCCUCCUCCUCCUCCCUCCCCCAUUCCCUCCCGGCUGAGGAGUCUGUGGUGCUGCGGAUUCCCCUUCUCCUCCUCCGUCAGGAGCGAACUCCUCUUCCAACGACGCCGCCCAGGUUCAGUGCUUAUCGGGGAAUUGUGACGAUCGGUCGGUCGGUGUGUCGGUCGUUCGUUCGGUCGGGUGGUGGUGGUCGGUCGGGAGCGAGCGAGCGAGCCAUCGGGCGCGCGCAUUCGUGUGGUCGCUGGUCCUCCUCGAGACCCCCAUUAAUCAUGGUGACGUAGCCAGCGCGGGUCACAGUGAACACUUCGCAUUGGUGCUCGCAGGUCACGUGGUAUGCUAAUUGUCCGUGCGAGGAGGAGGAGUCACGCCAGCAGCAGCCCACGACGACGAAGGCGACGAAGGCGACGAGGGGCCCACCACACACACAACUAUAAUAAUAAUAAUAUUAAUUGAGUCCCAAUCACCGCGGAAGAAUUGAAUGACGAUGAGUUCGUUCUUGAUGAACUCGGGGCCCUACGUGGACCCGAAGUUUCCCCCGCCCGAGGAGUACAGCCAGAACUCGUACAUCCCUCCGCAGAGCGACUACUACAACCCCGCACAACACUACCCCUACCAUGGCAUGCAUCAGGCGGCGGCCGGCAUGCAAUACGGGCGAGAUGCCAUGCAAUACAACCACGCUGGGUACUACCAGCAGGCCUGUGUCAUGCCCCAACACCAGCCCAUGGCCGCCCACCUCAGUCCGCAAGUCGCCCCGUGCCACAGCCCUCUGCAGCAACACCAAGUGCCCGCGCGUUCGCCCGUGGCGUCCCCGGAUCCCUCCGCGGGCGGCGCGGCGGGCGGGGGCGGCGGCGGCGGCGCCAUGGGUGCCCAAAUGGCGCCGCACAUGGGGCCCGGGGGCGUGGAGGGCUCGCCCGAGGAAGCCGUCACGGAACUCGACGCCAACGGGCAGCCUGUGAUUUAUCCCUGGAUGAAGAAAAUCCACGUCGCUGGCGCAGAAGGGGCCGGAACACUUUUCGCCAACGGCCAGUUCCAGCCGGGUUGCGAGCCGAAGCGCCAGCGGACGGCCUACACCCGACACCAGAUCCUGGAACUGGAGAAGGAGUUCCACUUCAACCGGUACCUGACGAGGCGGCGGAGAAUAGAGAUCGCCCACUCCCUCUGCCUCUCCGAGCGACAGAUCAAAAUCUGGUUCCAGAACAGAAGGAUGAAGUGGAAGAAGGACAACAAGCUGCCCAACACCAAGAACGUCCGCAGAAAGACCAACCCCGCCGGAGUCACCACGACCGUCACGCCCAAGAACCAGCAGCAGCAGAACCAGAACCAGAACCAGAAUGCGCCGCAGAACCAAGUGACGCCAGAUCAACAACAACAGCAGCAGCAGCAGCAACAACAACAAACGGGCCAACAACAGCAACAACAGAGUGCAGGGCAACAGCAGCCGGGUGGUCAGCAACAAGGGGGUCCUCAGCCGGGGGGAGGCGGGUACCCUCACAUGGGAGGGGGGCUCAUGCCCCCUGGGCUGACCCCCAUCUCGGCGCCUUAUCCACACGGUGCCAUGAAGCCAGACUACGGUGCCAUGAAACCCGACUACGGCCUCACGACCCUAUAAGGCACCGCCCGACGCCGCCUUUCCCCGCGUGAUCCCAGUGUG